UCUGCAGCGUUUGAAUUGAAAGCUCCUGAUACUGUGGCUGGCAUCACUGCCAACUGGACUGGCCACUUCCUUCCGCUGAAGCUUCAAGCUUCAAGCUACAUGAAUCAGGACCCGUGUAUUCCAGCCACUUCGUAACGGCGAUCAUGCCCUGGGUGUGUUGCGCUAUUCGCAUGGAUGCGUGCACGGGUAUCCCGAGCUACGCUCUUGCUGGCAGAUGAUGCCAGUGAUUAUUCUUGAGGCGCUUAGUCCACCCCCAUGCUAGCAGACUCUGACCAUCAGGGUGAAAUUCAUGAUGACGUUGAUAGUCAAGCGCGGAAUAUCGUGGAUUCCUUUCUCCUGCAGCGUUGAUUCCUUUCUGCCUGUCGAUCUCUCUCAUGCCGACCUCUAGUUUUGAGACGUCUCAAAAGAUAGUUUUGUUCUGAGACGCCUCAACGUUAGACGAUGACGAUUUAUAGAGUCAACACGAUGGAAGCUGCAGCGUUGAUUCUGUUCUGCCUGUGGGUCUCUCUCGUAUCCGCGCAAUCACUGGGAGAAGACUCUCGGCGAUCUCCAAGAGGAGACUCGCUAAGAGAGGACUCCCUAAGAGAGGACUCGCUAAGGGAGGGCUCGCUUCUAAGAGAGGACUCGCUAAGAGCGGACCUGCUAGGAGGAGACUUGGAAAGAGGAAACGGCAAGAAGUCACUGGAAAGCGCUGGACGGAAGGUUUUGCAACAGGAUGGCUGGCAACUUUCUGACGGAGAUGGACGGCAAGCGGGCGGCUUCAGGUGGGAGGAGGUGGGCGGCGAGGCUCGUCGCGGAGUGGUGUGGUGGAUGCAGCUGUCAGACGUCCACGUCAGCGCGCAUGUGCCGUCACGUGCCAAUGAUCUUCUAGUGCACCUCGUACCGGCUGUCCGCAUUAUAGCGCCUGCUGCGUUAAUAGUGUCUGGCGAUCUUACAGAGGCAAAGAACCGCCAGCACACGACAACGGCACAGAACGAGUCAGAAUGGCGCACAUACUCCCAAGCAAUGCAGGCCAUCAGCAGCACCAUCAACGCCGCCCACCCACCCUCCUCCCCCACACCCCCCCUCUCUAUAACACCGCAAGACCAACACCUCUCCUCCACCUUCCCCUCCCCACUCCCCUCCCCACUCCCCUCCUGCGCCUCAUUCCCCCGGGUGCUUGACCUGAGGGGGAACCACGACUCGUUCAGUGUGCCUAUAAGGGGCGGCCAGGGCGAUUUUUUUUGGCGGCACAGCAUCAGCGCGCAGUGCGGGAGAGGGGGAGUGCAAGGACUGGUCAUAAGGCCCUUCGAUUCAGACACAGGAGAAGCAUCCCCAUCCCCUCCUAUUCUCCUGCUAGGAGUGGACAUGGCGCCCCGAGUGGGGCUACGGGGACCCUCGAACUUCUUUGCUCAUCCCACCACUUCUGACCUGGACGCGCUCGAUGCGGCUCUCAGCCAAUGGGAGGCCGCCACGUCAGCCUUGUCAUCCACGUCAGCCACCUCGUCCUCACCAAACACGUCAGCGCAGGGCUGCACCCCCCGCCCGGCCGUUGUGUUCACUCACUACCCCCUCGCCUUCAGCACUCGUGAGCCACCCUCGCCCCCCCCUCCCCCACCCCUCGCCGCUUUCACGACGUGCUUCUUGGCCAUGCAGCAGCUUAUAGCGCGUAUGGGGGGACAUGCAGUAGCGAGGGUAGGGAUGGCAGGCGUGGGAAUGAUGGGUUGGGAUUGGCGCUUGUGAACGGGCACCUGCACUGGAAGUUUGGGCGGCACCUGUACAGGUGGCACGCUGCGAGUGGUGGGGGGAAGAGGGGGGUGAGGAGGGGGCGGCAGUUGGGAGAGGAGGGACAGCAGCCGGGGGCAGGUGCGGGUGAUGGGCCUUCUGCACCUUCUGCCUUAGAGGCGCCCUUUUUUAGGCGCCUCAGAAAUCGGCAGUUGGGAGAGGAGGAGGAGCAGCCGGGGCUAGGAGGGGAUGGUGGGGAUGGCAGGGAUGGUGGGGAUGGCGGGGAUGGUGGGGAUGGCGGGGAUGGUGGGGAUGGUGGGGAUGGCGGGGAUGGUGGGGAUGGCGGGCGAUCUUAUUCCGAGGGGCCUGAGGAGCGUCUAGCAGGGGGGUUGGAAGGGGGUCGGAAGGUCGUUGAGCAAGUGAGGCAGGGUGAGGGUGGGUCAGGGGGGGAAGAAGCAGCAAGCGGCGGAGCAGGAGUGGAGAGCGGUGCAGUGGGGUUGUGGGAGUGGGAGGUGGGUGACUGGAGGGACAACAGAGUGGUUCGCAUCAUGGCCCAUGACCCCCUCUCAGGCCUCCAGUUCACAGACCUGCAGCUGCUGACCCCCACGGUUCCCCCAGACACAUCUGCUCCAGUCACCCCAGGUGCCAUGCUGCUGGCACGGCAACCAGUGGUGCUCGUCACAUGCCCCCCCAACGCACACUUCCUACCGCAAGCCGGCCAGGGGGAAGAGGAACAGGGGCAGGGAGAGCACAUGGAGCAGGUGGCAGCGUGGGUGGGGGGGGGUGCGAUGCGAGCGCUGGUCUUCUCUCUCCCGCCCAUCCUGAGCGUCUCAGCCAUUGUCUAUCUCGAGCAUGAUCCGGGUUCAGGUUUCCGGGUGCCAGGCAGGGGAAGCAGCGUCCAAGGCUUGCGCAUGGAGCUGAGGAGUGCAGACGAAGGAAACAGGCACACCAGUAUGGAGAUUUUGGAGGAGGUGACUCUAACGAGGGAGGGGGUGGACCAGGAUGGAAAGGAGGGGGAACAGGGGGAUAGUAACAGGAGCAGCUCCCGUCCGUCGCCGCUCUUCUGGGCGCCGUGGGACGCAUCUAGGUACUCUCGCCCGCCCUUCAACCCCUCGUCCCGCCUCUGGCUUGCUGUCAGGGUUUCAUACCAGACCCCUCCACCUGACCCUCCUGCGCCUGCUGCUGAUGGCGCUGCUGCUGCUGCUGCUGCUGCUGCUGCUGCUGCUGCUGCAAGCAGUGUAUCAGUUUACACCUCCCCUCGUCAGCCUUUCGCCCCAUUCAGCCGCCCCGUGCCCUUCCCCCACACGUGGGUGGAGCACACCAUAAUGACCACUGACUGGGAGGACCUCUGGACGUUCGCCGUUGCGUCGCCUUUACUCUUCCUCGCCCUCGUGCUCCUGGGCUCCAGGGCCCUCUCUUAUCUCAUCCCCGCUCCCUCUUCCCAAGCCUCUCAUGAUUCUCAAGCCUCUUACGCCUACCACUCCUCUCACGCCUCGCACUCCCCUCACGCCACCUCCCCCCACGCUCCUUCAACCAGCCUGGUUUCCUCCAAGCAGUCCUUUCCUUCCACACCCCCCGAUGACUCCCCUUCUCCCUCUUCCCCCUCUUACCCUUCCCCCUCGUCCCCCUUCCACCCCAUCACCUCCUCUCUUCUCACCCUCUCUAAAGCCCUCGCCUACUCUCUCCUGGCCCUCCUGCGUCUUCUCUUCCGCAUCUACCUCGCAGCUUCUCAUACCCACUCCUGGCCGCUCGCCCUGCUCCUCCUCCUCUACCUCUGCCUCUUCCCCUGGUUCUGGGCUCGCCCCCUCGGCCCCUCUUGCCCCAUCGGCUCUCUGUCAAUUUACGGCUGGGCUGUUUCCCUCUGCGAACCCAUCCCUCCCUCCUCCCUCUCCUCCUCCUCUUCCGUCCCCUCCUCUUCUUCGUCCUCCUCUUCUUCAUCCUCCUCUUCCUCCUUCCUGGCUCUGUCCAACUCUCCUCUCACAUCUGGCCUUGCUGUGCCAGACAUAGUCACGACAGUGGAGCCCUUUCUCCUCUUCGUCACCCUCCCUGCAUUCCUCAUCCUCCCCCUCCUCCUCUUCCUCCGCUCCGCCCUCCUCUCCCCCUGCGGCCCGCACACUCUCAGUGGCUGGGUGAAGCUGGCACUUUCAAAGGAGGGGGAAAGGGGCGAGGGGGAAAGGAGAGAGGGAACGAUGUUGGCAAGGGACGGGGCGAGGGGUGCGGAGGAGGAGGAAAGGGAGGCGCUGGUGGGGGGGAGAGGUGAGGGGAAGGGGGGAGUAGCAGGGAGGAUAGGUGGAUGGGAAGGAGCGGGUGGUGGUGAGGAGGGGAGGGGUACUGUCGCACUUACUGCAGCUGCUGCUGUAGCCACAGCUGUAGGGGGUGCUACAGAUACUGACAGCAUGAUCAUCAUCAGCAGCAGCAGGAGCCGCAGCUGUAGCAGCAGCGGCUGUAGCAGCAGCGGCUGUAGCAGCAGCUCCAGCAGUGGGGGUGAAGGACCAGACAGGGCUAAGAUGCUGCGGCGCAGAGGAUCCAACGGUGGGAAUUUAUCGGCCGAAACAGUUCCGUUUUGGCCUGCUGCUACUGCUACUGCUACCGCCUCUUCUCUCCAUCCGUCUACCCCCAUAACCGUUACUGUCAAUGGCAGUGGCACUGCUGUUAACACUGCUAGUAACAGUGUAUUCCACAGUGCUACCUCUGAUAAGAAAGCUGCUGCUACUAACCGUGUUGCCACUGCCACUGCUGGUGCGAGAGGACCAAGAGAACUGAGCCGGUGGUGGUGGGCGGGCAGGGGGGAGAACAGGCGGCAUCAGUGGAGCAUGACGUGUUUAUCCCCGUUCAAGGCCUGGCAGGUGGUUGCUGUGCUCGCGCUUGUGGCUGCUGCUGCUCCGCUGCCCUUCCUCGUGUAUCUCCGGCAAUGUCGGUUCAUGGUGGGUGCCUUUGGCCCUCUCGCAUUCGUACUCUCUCCGGGCUACUCCUGGCUUCCCUUCAUCCUCCUCCUUUCUGUCUUUCUACCAUAAGCUCCUCACAUUCAUCCUCCAUUUGUAAGUUCGAAGUAUUUGGGCAACUCGCAAUGAAUAGGAAAACGCAGGUAGAGAAUGUUAUAUGGGAUGAAAAUAUACAUAACGUCGGCAUUGAAGGGAUUCAAGCGAUGAUAUCAAGAAGCACGAAACCAAAUCCAGAAGGUUUGGAAUCGGGUUGGCGGAAUGAGCGAAACAGUAACACCCCCCCCCCACACCCCUCACUACACCUCGCAAUUUUCACGACCACCCGAAACCAAAACCUUUGGGUUGGGUUUUCUGCUUGAGAUCCUCGCUUUAAAUUGCACGUCCAUGUACGGUUAGUUUCAGGGAUUGGGGCAUCAAAGCAGAAAUCGUUUCAGGGAUUGGAGCAUCAAACUAGAAAAUCGUUUCAGGGAUGGGGGCUUCAAAGUAGAAAUCAUUUAUGGGAUGGGGCAUCAAAGUGGAAAUCGUUGGCAGAAUGUCAACCCCAACCCAAUCUGACAGUAAAUUGGAGCAGGAGAAGGAUUUGGGCAGCGGGCAGAAUUUCAAAAUCCGGGGAGAGGUUCACCAUUGGGCCAAUUGAGGCUUUCUUGGCUUGGUUUGGUGCAGGGCUUUCUUGGCUCGGGUUUUCGUCUACACGGCAGAUCUGGGUAUCUCUCUCGAGGGAACCGGAUGCAACGGGUGUAUGUGAAACGUUACCCGUCCAUGUAAGGGUUCAGUC